AUGCUGGACGAGCUAGAUAACGUCUUCGACGAUCAUCCAUCCCUGGAUGCUUCGCUCGAAGACUUUGAGAACAAUACCAAUCCCCACCGGUCACCCAUGUUUGGUCUUCCCUCCCAACAUUCUGGAUUCCGAUCUGAAGAGUCUGACGGGGAAGACGGGGACCUUGAGGACCCAGCCCAGGAGCGCUGGUCGCCUCCAGGGUUCCAACAUGAAUACUCGCAGGGUAGUGGGUGGUACCGCCACCAGCCCUAUCUGCGCAAAGGUAACCCCCAAACAGAGCGAUUGCAGCUCAGACCCACAGUCGGGCUGAGCGCGUCGCCGUCGCAAUCGCGCGAACCAAGCCCACAGUACGAGGAUGCGCUCGAAGGACCUGCCAAUGGGAAAGGUAGUGACACCACCGUCGCGGCUAAUGUGCCUCUACCCCCCGGUGCGGAUACACCUCUCAAUGGAAGAUCUCCCAGUCCGGGUCCGGGUCCGGGUCCGGCUCCCAGGCCAAAUCGUACGCCUCGUCAUAGUCCGGAGGACGAUGAAACGGGCUUUGGAGCGGAGAAUCUGAGCAACUUACGUGCUGAAGUCCAACACCGAGAACCCAUUGCCGCCUUGUUCGGCUGGGUGCGCUCCAAGUUUGAGCGCAUGACAAGCUCCAAAUCUAACACCACCCUCUCCAUCGUCAUGAUCCUAGUCUCCCUUGCCUUCAUGCGUGCUUUACUCCUCCCAGGCCUCCCGCAGUCGAUUCCCGAUCUCGUCAAGCUAUCCGGCUUCGCGCGCUCCUUUGAACCAUUGAUAUACUACUCGGAAAAUGGCGUCCAGCAAAUCGGAACGCUCCAAGAAACAGGUGUGGCAGUGUGGGAUCUGAGCGAGUCAGUUCGUGGCACAAACAUGACCAGCGCCCCGAUAAUUGUUCAUCAACUCGACGAACUAUCAGACUCCCUCAAAACCCUUUCACUAGAGCUGACCCGCUUCUUCGCCAACGUCGACUCGGACAUCGACUCCAUCCUCAUAGUGAUGGACUGGGCAAAACGCGAACUGGAAACCCUCUCAGCCCAACCCCCAAGCUCCCUCCCAACGAUAGUCUUCGACAACAUGCACAACAUGCUCGCACGCCUUGGCGCCCUGGAACGCUCCCAACUUGAGAACGGCACCCCAACUUCUUCAACGGCAACACCCCUAGGCCACCUUGUGAUGGCCGUUUUUGGACCAACAUCCGCGCAACGAACUCGCACAACCCUAACCCGAACAUUCACCGAGUUUCUCUCCGUCCUAGAAGAAUCAAUCAACAGCGAACUCUCCCACUCAACAGCUCUCUUCGCCCUGUUUGAAUCAAUCGAUCGCCAAUUUCUCAACCUCCAGCGAACAGUCGUCAGAGAAUCGGACGCCCAGGAACGCGCAGAGGGCGAAAUGCUCUCCUCCCUCUGGACUCGCGUUCUCGGCCCUGACGCCUCAGUCGUGCGCAAAUACGAAAAAAACAAGAAACUCCUCGCAAACGUGCGCAGUCGCACCGUCGCCAACAAACAUCUCCUUGUCGAUCACCGUGGUCGGCUCCUCACGCUGAAGGUUAAUCUUGAAACCCUUCGACGGAAACUAGUCAGUCCACUCGUACGGCGAAACGACUCCGUCAGUUUCGUGGGAUCCGUUGAUGGCAGCAAUGGAGCGGGGAAUUCAGGGAGUGCGGGACGCAUGCUCGGGCCCGUUGAAGCUGUGAUUGAUGGGCAGAUUCGCGGGCUUGAGGGAACAUAUGAUUAUUUGCGCUCUGUGCGCGAACGCCAGAAGGCAAAACUUAUGGAGAUGGUUUAUGGGGCUGGGAGGAAACCUUCUCAGUCGCUCAUUGAUGGACUGGAUGGGAUUGAGGAUGGGGAGUGA